AUGGCGGAUUCUGAUGAUGACGAUGACGACGAUAAUGAUACUGUUGUGAAUGAGUUACAUGACCUGAUGGCGGAUUCUGAUGAUGACGACGACGACGAUGAUGAUACUGUUGUGAAUGAGUUGCACGACUUGAUGUCGGAUUAUGAUGAUGACGACUACGACGAUGAUAAUACUGUUGCGAAUGAGUUACAUGACCUGAUGUCGGAUUCUGAUGAUGACGACGACGACGAUGAUGAUACUGUUGUGAAUGAAUUGCAUGACUUGAUGGCGGAUUCUGAUAAUAACGAUGACGACGAUGAUGAUACUGUUGUAAAUGAGUUUCACGACUUGAUGGCCCAUUCUGAUGAUGACGACGACGAUGAUGAUACUAUUGAGAAUGAGGUACACGACUUGAUGGCGGAUUCUGAUGAUGACGACGACGACGAUGAUGAUACUGUUGUGAAUGAGGUGCUUGACCUGAUGGCGGAUUCUGAUGAUGACGACGACGACGAUGAUGAUACUGUUGUGAAUGAGUUACAUGACCUGAUGGCGGAUACUGAUGAUGACGACUACGACGAUGAUGAAGAUAAUACUGUUGUGAAUGAGAUGAAUGACUUGAUGGCGCAUUCUGAUGAUGACGAUGACGACGAUGAUGAUACUGUUGUGAAUGAGUUACAUGACCUGAUGGCGGAUUCUGAUGAUGACGACGACGAUGAUGAUACUGUUGUGAAUGAGUUACAUGACCUGAUGGCGGAUUCUGAUUAUGACGACUACGACGAUGAUUAUGAUAAUACUGUUGUGAAUGAGAUGAAUGACUUGAUG